AUGACAGAGGAGGAGUAGAAGAGCGAUCGAUCGAUCGAUCGGGGUAUCGGAAGGAGGAGGAGGAGAAGCGAAGAUGCUGGAGUGGGCGACGGUGCAGCAUCUCGACCUGCGGCACGUCGGGCGCGGCCUCAAGCCGCUGCAGCCGCACGCCGCCGCGUUCCAUUCCCACCAGGCCAUCGUCGCCGUCGCUGUCGGGACCUAUAUCAUCGAGUUUGAUGCGCUAACUGGAAGUAAACUUGCUUCAAUUGAUGUUGGGGCUCGUGUUGUUAGUAUGCAAUACAGUCCUACCAGUGGACGUGCCGUGAUUUCUAUUCUUGAGGAUUGUACCAUUCGAUCUUGUGAUUUUGAUACUGAGCAAACCCUAGUGCUACACUCACCAGAGAAAAGGUCAGAACGUAUUUCCAUUGAUACAGAAGUUCAUCUAGCACUGACACCUCUCCAGCCUGUUGUCUUUUUUGGUUUUCACAAACGCAUGAGUGUGACAGUUGUAGGCACUGUUGAGGGGGGAAAGCCACCGACGAAAAUAAAGACGGAUCUUAAAAAGCCUAUUGUCAACCUUGCUUGCCACCCUCGUCUCCCUGUCUUGUACGUAGCUUAUGCUGACGGCUUGAUUCGUGCUUACAACAUUCAGACAUAUGCUGUUCAUUACACCUUACAACUUGACAAUACAAUCAAGCUUGUUGGUGCUGGUGCUUUUGCUUUUCAUCCUACCCUAGAGUGGAUAUUUGUUGGUGAUAGAAGUGGUACUCUUUUAGCAUGGGAUGUAUCAACGGAAAGACCCAACAUGAUUGGAAUUACACAGGCUGGUUCCGGCAUCCUAUAA